GGCCGGGGCGCGCGGCUCCCACCGCCGGCGAGCGCUGGCUGCAGCUGGCUCCCGCUGUCGUGGCCUCGCCCAGUCGGCCUGCCCACCUCCGGAGCCUUCUGCCCACGGAUGGGCCGGGGAAGUUGGGGGGAGCGAGCCGGAGCCUGCGCCGGGCGCGCCCCGCCGCCGCCUGACUCGGCGCCCGCAGUCCGGGCGCAGCGCGCCGGCCGCAGGAGCACGGAUGCCCCCGGGAGCCGCGGGCUGGCAGGCCUGGGUCUCCUUGGAGAGUCCAUUUUUCAACUUCAGAGGGUUUUCCUGAAGGGACAGUGACCUGUCUGAAAUGUACUGGGCUCUUUAAAGUGGCCAGGAUGGUUGGAGUGUGUUCUUUUCUGUUGGGGAGUCAGACAUGGAAGGAAAGCUUCUAGCCUCAGGAAGCUUGGGGCAUCUCUACUCUCCCAUCAGAGGUCCAUGCACCAACUCCUUGGCUUCCAGAGGAGUGUGCCUUCUAAGGGAUCCAGGCUGCGUUUUCCUGUCUUUCUCUGUCCAUAACUCCCCCAAAGCAUCAGCAAAGGCCAGGCACGUGGUCUUGGGUCCUGAGGCUGCUGGCAGACUAUGGGGACAACGGCCAGCACAGCCCAGCAGACGGUCUCCGCAGGCGCCCCCUUCGAGAGCCUCCAAGGCAGCGGCACGAUGGAUGGUCGGCACUCACUCAGUGUCCACUCCUUCCAUACCACAAGCUUACACAACAGCAAGGCCAAGUCCAUCAUCCCCAACAAGGUGGCCCCUGUAGUGAUCACGUACAACUGCAAAGAGGAGUUCCAGAUCCAUGAUGAGCUGCUCAAGGCCCACUACACGCUGGGCCGCCUCUCGGACGCCACCCCUGAGCACUACUUGGUCCAGGGCCGCUACUUCCUGGUGCGGGAUGUUACUGAGAAGAUGGAUGUGUUGGGCACUGCGGGGAGCUGUGGGGCCCCCAACUUCCGGCAAGUGCGAGGUGGGCUCACUGUGUUCGGCAUGGGACAGCCAAGUCUCCUGGGGUUCAGGCGGGUCCUCCAGAAACUCCAGAAGGACAGACAUAGGGAGUGCCUCCUCUUCUGUGUGAGGGAGGAGCCUGUGCUGUUCCUGCAUGCCGAUGAGGACUUCGUGCCCUACACACCUCGAGACAAGCAGAACCUUCACAAGAACCUGCAGGGCCUUGGACCCGGGGUCCAGGCGGAGAGCUUGGAGCUGGCCAUUCGGAAAGAGAUCCACGACUUUGCCCAGCUGAGUGAGAAUACGUACCACGUGUACCACAGCACCGAGGACCUGCAGGGGGAGCCCCACGCCAUGGCCAUCAGGGGUGAGGACGACGUGCAUGUGACUGAGGAGGUGUACAGGCGGCCCCUCUUCCUGCAGCCCACCUACAGGUACCACCGCUUGCCCCUGCCCGAGCAAGGGGCUCCCCUUGAAGCCCAGUUCGAUGCCUUUAUCAGUGUCCUCCGGGAGACCCCCAGCCUGCUGCUGCUCCGUGAUGCCCACGGCCCUCCCCCUGCCCUCCUCUUCAGCUGCCAGACGGGCGUGGGCAGGACCAACCUGGGCAUGGUCCUGGGCACCCUCAUCUUGUUCCACCACAGUGGGACCACUUCCCAGCCACAGGCCACCCCCCCGCAGACCAAGCCCCUGCCCAUGGAGCAGUUCCAGGUGAUCCAGAGCUUUCUUCGCAUGGUGCCCCAGGGAAGGAAGAUGGUAGAGGAGGUGGACAGAGCCAUCGCCGCCUGUGCAGACCUGCACGACCUGAAGGAAGUGGUCUUGGAAAACCAGAGGAAGCUGGAAGGCCUGCGGCCAGAGAGCCCAGCCCCGGGACGAAACAGCCAGAACAGUGUCUGGCAGAGGGCGCUGCGGAGCCUGGAGCGGUACUUCUACCUGAUCCUGUUUAACUACUAUCUCCAUGAGCAGUACCCGCUGGCCUUUGCCCUCAGUUUCAGCCGCUGGCUGUGUGCCCACCCCGAGCUGUACCGCCUGCCCGUGACACUGAGCCCAGUGGGGCCCAUGGCUCCUGGGGACCUCAUCAGCAGGGGCUCCCUGGGGGCAGAUGACCUCGUCUCUCCGGACGCGCUCAGCACCCUCAGAGAGAUGGACGUGGCCAACUUUCGGCGGGUGCCCCGCAUGCCCAUCUACGGCACAGCCCAGCCCAGCGCCAAGGCCCUGGGCAGCAUCCUGGCCUACCUGACCGACGCCAAGAGGAAGCUGUGGCAGGUCGUGUGGGUCAACCUGAGGGAGGAGGCAGUGCUGGAGUGUGACGGGCACACCCACAGCCUACAUUUGCCUGGGCCCCCCACGGCCCCCGACCAGCUGGAGACCCUGGAGGCCCAGCUGAAGGCUCACCUGAGUGUGCCUGCCCCGGGUGCAGAGGGCCCCCCGACCCGCAGGUUCCAGACAUGCCUCACUAUGCAGGAGGUCUUCAGCCAGCACCGCGCUGCCUGCCCCGGCCUCACCUACCACCGCAUCCCUGUGCCAGACUUCUGUGCCCCCCGCGAGGAGGACUUUGACCGGCUGCUGGAGGCCCUGCGGGCUGCCCUUGCCAGGGACCCAGGCACCGGCUUUGUGUUCAGCUGCCUCAGUGGCCAGGGCCGGACCACGACUGCGAUGGUGGUGGCUGUGUUGUCCUUCUGGCACAUCCGAGGCUUCCCCGAGGUGGUUGAGGAGGAGCUUGUGAGCGUGCCUGAUGCCAAGUUCACUAAGGGCGAGUUCCAGGUAGUGAUGACGGUGGUGCAGCUGCUGCCCAACGGGCACCGCGUGAAGCAGGAGGUGGAUGCGGCGCUGGACACAGUCAGUGAGACCAUGACCCCCAUGCACUACCACCUGCGGGAAAUCAUCAUCUGCACCUACCGCCAGGCAAAGGCAGCCAAAGAGGAGCAGGACGUGCGGAGGCUGCAGCUGCGGAGCUUGCAGUACUUGGAGCGCUACGUCUACCUGAUUCUCUUCAACGCUUACCUCCACCUGGAGAAGGCCGGCUCCUGGCAGAGGCCCUUCAGCACCUGGAUGCGGGAGGUGGCAUCGAAGGCUGGAGUCUAUGAGAUCCUCAACCAGCUGGGCUUCCCCGAGCUGGAGAGCUUGCAGGACCAGCCCUUCUCGAGGCUGCGCUACCGGUGGCAGGAGCAGAGCCACAGCCCGGAGCCAUCCGCUGCUGGGGACUUCCUGUAGGGGUGUCCUCCCUGCCCCUCCCACAGUGCCCCAUGCAGGCUGGGGGUGUCCUGGGUGGGCCUCACUGGAAGUGGCCCUGGGGGAUGCUGGUUCCUGGAGAGACUGGGGUGAAUUGGGAACCUUUUUGAAAGAACUUUUGAUAGGACAUUUAGACAGCACACAGUCAUAUCUUGUAAACCACACAGGCGCAUGGACGGCCCACCAGGGUGUGUGCACCUCGCAGACGGGCCCGCGUUCAGCCUGCAAGGAGCUCACUCCCCAAAUUGCCAAACAGAGCUAAUUGCCGCUCUGUUCUCUUCUCCCCCCUCUCAGAACGGUUCCGACAGCCCCUGGCCUGGAGCAGACCCCAGCCGGUGUCAGUGUCUUACCCUUGCUGUCCUUGCUGCUCACCCUGAGGUCUCUCCCCUCUCUGCUGCCUGAGGUGGGGAGGGAGGGGUGGGCAGCAUUCUGGAUGGAUUUAUUACUUUAAAGGCAGCUUCCCCCAGUUUUCUUGCUUCUCAUGCCCCCAUCUCCAACCUGGGAGGCCACAAGUAGGACCACCUGCAUGGUCUGUUGGGGCUGGCUGGGGCCUCUGCCUCUCCUUCCUUUCCCCUGUUGCCUUCUCUUGGGGCUGGCAGGGUGGUAGAGGUUUCCCAAGGAGCUGGAAACAUCAAGGACUCCCUCUCGGGGAGGGAAGAGCUUCCAGAGGCAGACGAGCACAGUGGAAGAGGCCUGCCUGAUCUGCCUGGGAACCUGGGUGGCAGGUGCCAUGGAAGCCAAAGCCUUGAGCUGCGGGUCCCUCUGUACCUCCUCCCAGCCCCGGCAGCCCAAGAUGGCCCAGGGCCCCCACCUGCUGCAGCAGGAGCCCCCAGGAGUGUUGGGUCAAGGGUGGGUGCUGGGACGGCCCUUGUGAUCAGUGGAGUGUGCAGGAGUGGGCUAAGGAUGGCGGGAGGGAGUCAUCUGGACUCCAGGCCAUCGUUGCCGAGGAUCUUUGAGCUGCCUCCAGUGGAAACAGAAAGGGCCAGACCCUGCUGAGCUAAAGGCUGCCAGAUCAACUCUGUCCACACAGCGGGAAGGCUGCUCGGAAGAGGUGGCAAAGAAGGGCCAGAUUUGCAUCUCUCCCUGCUGGGAACUGGUGUUGCUGAAGUGUCCUCCCAGCCUGACCUGUGGGGGCCAGGGAAGCCUCUCUUUGGUUAGGUUUGUGCACAUCUGCAGAAAAAUGGAUGUGGCGUUGCUCAUGAUAUUUGAAGAGAGAAGAUGCUGAAGUUGUUCACAUCUACCCAGUAUUGGAAAACGUUUGAGCCUCUUGGCUGAAUUCUUUUGCAGAACUACUGUACGUCUGUUCACUACCUUUCUAGAUUGUUGUUAUUUUUAUUUUUGCAUGUAUUAAAAAGUUUUAAUUUCUUUGCAGACAAGGUCUAGAUGAGGAGUCAGAGAUCGGGGCUGAACUGGGAGGAAUCCUUUGUGUUCUUAUGGUUGGUCCUGACUUUAAGCUUUGCUGGGACCACUGGCCGGUCACUUUACCUCUCUGCCUCAGUUUCGCAAUCUGAAAAAUGGGAGAAUAAUACUUACCUACAUACCUCACAGGGGUAUUGUGAGGAUUCAUUCAUGAUUUUUUUUUUUUUUUUGUACAGAG